UCAACUCAUAACGAGUUGUAUGAAAAUGGCAAAACUUUUGUAUGCCAUCCUCCUCCUCCUUUUGGUUGUUGCUAUCUCAGAAAGUGAAGCCACCAUCACCAUCGGACCUCCAACAAGACUAUGUGAAAGGUUGAGUAACACAUUUUCGGAGAGAAUAUGCAUCAUCGGAAGCAACUGUAACGCAAGGUGUUUAGAGGAAAGAGCGGUUAGUGGCGCUUGUCGCUUGCGUCAAGGGAGAUUAAGUUGCGUUUGCUUCUUUAACUGUUCCAACACACCACCCCCUCCUCCACCCGUAUCACCACCCGCUCCUCCACCCGCCUCACCGCCCCCACCUCCACCUGUGUCACCGCCUCCUCCACCACCCGUCUCGCCGCCCCCACCUCCACCUGUGUCACCACCUCCUCCACCACCCGUCUCGCCGCCCCCACCUCCACCAAGCUCACCGCCUCCUCCACCACCAAGCUCACCACCACCACCUCCACCCGCCUCGCCGCCCCCUCCACCACCACCUGCCUCACCGCCUCCUCCACCACCACUAUCACCACCACCACCUGCCUCACCGCCCCCUCCUCCACCCCACUCACCACCACCACCACCACCAAGCUCACCGCCACCACCUCCACCCGCCUCGCCGCCCCCAUCUCCACCCGCCUCGCCGCCCCCACCUCCACCUGCGUCCCCGCCUCGUCCACCACCUGUCUCGCCGCCCCCACCUCCACCAAGCUCACCGCCUCCUCCACCACCAAGCUCACCGCCUCCUCCUCCACCCCGUUCACCGCCACCACCUCCACCCGCCUCGCCGCCCCCUCCACCACCACCUGCCUCACCACCUCCUCCACCACCUCUAUCACCACCACCACCACCUGCCUCACCGCCCCCUCCUCCACCCCGCUCACCACCACCACCACUUGCCUCACCGCCCCCUCCUCCACCUCGUUCACCGCCGCCACCACCUCCCAUCACACCGCCCCCACCACCACCUGCCUCACCGCCCCCACCAUCACCACGAUCGCCGCCCCCACCACCACUACAAUCGCCGCCCCCUCCACCACCACGAUCGACGCCUCCAUCACCAGGCCGCUCACCACCCCGCUCUAUCUAGGGACUAGGUUGAAGGGAAAAAGGUUUGAUUGAACAUUGGGAUUUUAUGUUUGAAUAGCAAGCCUUAUAUAAUUGUCAAUAAAAGGAAAAUGAUUCCAAAAGUGUAAUAAAUAAAUGUUGCAUGAGCAAUCAAUACCUUGUAAUUCCAUGCAUAAAUACUUCCGUAAUAUAAUAAAUUUCCUUUUCAUAAACAUAUGAAAUCCUCAACUAAUUAAUAUUUUG